GAACUGCAAACUGCUUGGCAGUAUCCUUCGCUUUCCGUAUACACAAGUGGCCGCUUAUUUCUGAUAUACUGGGCUAUCUGCUCCGCUUCGUGAGAAGACGCCAUCUAAGAAAUAGUUUGCUCAAGUUCCUCCGAUGUAUGUCUGACUAAGUAUUUUCUACGCAAGGCGGGAAUUUCAAUCGCCAUAUAUCAAGGACUGGCAGUAUAAUAAUCUUGCAGGAACGUGUCCUGUCUGGGUCGAUUUAUGCGUGGACUUAAUGAAACCUAGUGCACCUCUCCGUCUGUUCGCAAAUAUGCCUGUGAAGUGUCAUGAGCCGCAAUAUACUCAGAACUACAUAUUGGAUCGGCCGCUGCACGGAGUCUUCACUUGAAUGAUGAAAGACGAGAAACUGCCUGUCAUGAAAUCAGCUGCCUCCGACUGCGAUGCGCAGAAACGGUGUGUCGACAUAGAACCUGGAGAAACUCACUUAAUGUCCAGCAGCAUCGAGACGGCGAGGCCACGUGGACUCGACACCGACGGAUCAAGCGACACCAUCGGCGAGAAGCGACUUUUACGUCGCAUCGAUUUCACUAUAAUCCCUUGGCUUGCUAUUCUGCUCAUGCUCUGCUUUCUGGACAGGUCAAAUAUGGGAAAUGCACGUCUAUACAAUUUGGAAGCAGACCUUCAUCUAUCGGAUGUUCAGUAUUUGAUUUGCCUGUCGUUAUUCUACAUCCCUUAUGUCCUUUGUACCCGCAAAUAUGUGUCUAAAGCUUGUGAGACCUUCGAUUUGGCUACCGGGAAUAAUGCUUCUAUGGGGCAUUACCAUGACAGUGCAGGGACUGGUCCAUGACUACGGGGGCUUGCUAGCAACUCGAAUCUUCCUCGGCAUAUUUGAAGCUGGUUUCUAUCCUGGAGUCGCAUUCUAUAUGUCCUGUUGGUAUAGACGCGAAGAACUCGGACUUCGUUUCGCGAUGUUCUACACCGGGACUUCCUUUGCAGGUGCAUUCAACGGCUUUUUCACUGCGGCGAUUUCAAAUAUGGAUGGCGUCGCAGGGAAACCUGUUUGGUAACAUGAUUGACUAUUGAACGCAUGAACUUCUCUAUAUGCAAGUACAAUGUAGGGCCUGGAUAUUCAUUCUGGAGGGCCUUAUCACUGUCGCCGCGUCUAUCGCAUCGUUCAUUAUCAUCCAAGACUAUCCCUCUACUGCUCGCUUCCUUUCCAAACAAGAGCGCGUUUACAUCGCUCACCGUCUACAGACAGGUGAUCAAUUCUCCGUCUCCGCCGAACAACAGAGAUAGCGUGAUGUUCGAAGAGCUUUCACCGACUACAAGACGUGGAUUUUGGUACUCAUUCAUGGUGGUAUAGCUGCUGCACAUUUUAACAUAACUUUCUUCCUUCCAACCAUUGUUUCGCAGUUAGGAUACACGUCGAAUAUAGCAAAUCUGCUCACUGUGCCUGUGCACCUUGUAGCUGCUGCAGUCUCGUGUCUCAUUAACUACAUGGCCGACCGCUUUAGAAAGCGUGGCCAUUUCUCCAUAGGGCUGUUUAUCUUUGCGCUUACAGGCUGUCUUAUUCAAAUGCUUUCCAGAAAUGCAGCCCUUUCAUACUUUGCAACAUACGUAAUUGCGUUCUCCGCGUACCCUGCAGUCGCAAACGUAAUAGCAUGGUCAGCAAAUAAUUUCCAAAACUCAUACAAGCGCAGUAUUGCUAUUGCAAUCACAAUAUCAAUAGGAAAUGCAGUGAGAGUUAUUUCCGUGAACUUG